UAUUGGAUUGCAUAUUAUAUUGUUAUAAAUGGUUUAGAAAAAGUAUGCUCAUAUAUAUAUAUAUAAUUUGAGACACAUAACACCACUCGUCCAUGAUGUUUGGAUAGACACACGCGACCCUGUAACCUUACUGUAAAUACGAGCCACGUGACCCGGGCUGUUGGUUGACAGGACUCGUCGCGGGGCUUUGCAGCGGCAACAGCGGCCAGGCUGGACAUAUGACUUCGAGGAAGUUACAGGCUGCCUGGGCACUUUGACCACGACUGCAAUCGACGAAAAAUCCUGCUAUGUUACACCACAACAGUGGUGAAGAGGGGAACAGCAUUCAUGGACACUGUGGAGACUUUGAAUCAUUUGAUUCCCAGUGACCAGUUGGACUCUCUGGGGACUGGACAAAAUCUGGAAUGUGAAGCAAGAAAUGAGUUUGGAACCGGUAUCCUGCUGGAAGAUUCACUGACAAACAUGUUGAGUGACAAAGAUCCAAUGUUUGGAUCAGCAAGCUCUCAGUUUAAUCCUUUGGAAAAUGAUGAGGGCAAUUUUUUGAUUGCUGGUGCUACAGGUCUCGAUGGCAUCAGUGGGAAGUUGCCGAGUCCACCGGCUCCCCGUUCUGUCGGAAGGCCCCGGAAACAUCCGCGCGUCACACCCUCUGCAACGGUCGCCCCCAAGACCUCGACCGCUCCGUCCGCUUCACCCGUCACCCCGAAACCCCGCGGAAGGCCCCGCAAAAAACCGACCAACCGGCAGCUGACGUCGUUUCUGAUCGAGAAGGGCGUGCAGGGCCCCCAGCUGAAGAAGGAGCUCUGCCUGGGGGGCCGCGUCCACGUCCAGGAGCUCGACGCGGGGCUGUGGCUGAGCCCCAUGGUGGUGCUGCGGAGGCUGACCGUCACGGUGGGGGGCUUCAGGAUCGAGCUGCUCCCGGGGCCCUCGUACGGCACCGCGGGCGAGGGUGAGGGCGCCGGCGCCACCGCCGCCGGCCAGCCGGUGAGCCUUCAGGAGGGUUUGACCUCCGGCGGUGACGGGGCCGUCGCGGCCGACACCAAGGAAGACGACGCCACGGUGCCGAGUAACGUCACGGCUCCGAAUCCGACCGCGGAGAACCAGGUUGGCUCGGGGGGCGUCGAAGGAGCACUCGGUCUGGGCCCGUACGUGAACCCCAACGACGUUCAGGCCACCAACGGCGCCCCCGCGCCAAAGUCCUGCUCAGAAGAGACCAAGGUUGACAUCGGGAGCGACUCCGCCGAGCAGACGCCAUGCGCUAAGGGGAAAGAUGUCGUCAAGCCGACUGAGAGCCCUCCGAACAACACCACCGGCUCUACUGACAAGCUGAACUGUAAGGACAAGCUAAAGCUUUUCGCCAAAGCGAUGUUUAAACCUAAACCCAGGCUGCCCACGGUUAAGAACAAGAGCUUGGUUUCCCGUAGACCGAAGAGCCUGAUUCAAGGGCCGAACCCUGCCCCGAGCUCUCCCACUAAGCCCCCCCAGAGAGACGACGUCCCGCCCAGCGCCAAACCUCCCAAGAAGGGAGCGGUGUCACUGAAGAGACCCGGAGAGAUCUCCCACCCUGAGCACGCCUCCAAAGUCCCAAAGGUCCAGACCGGGAAACCCGUCAACCCGAAGCCCAAGUCCCCGGGUCCCUCCAGCGCCGCUCCGGUGAAGAAGGCCCCGUCGUGUGACGGCCCCGCGGACCCCCCCCACAACGCCCCCAAGAACACCCUCAACGCGCACAACCCAAAGCACGAACGUCCCCCGCCGUCGCUGGGCUCCCCGGGGCCUUCCUCCAGACCCCCGGAGGACGCAGGGCCGGAGAAGGCCAGGGGCAAGAGGCCCGACAAGCUCCUCCAGAGGCAGAAGAGUCGGACGCCCCGGACCCCCUCCACGGAGGAGCCGCCGCUGUUUGUGCCGGACAACGCGCCGGCCGCCGCCGCCGCCGCCACCGCCGCCGCCGCCGCCACCAAGAAGGAAGCGGACGACGAGCCGCCGGCGGAGAGCGCCUGGGACGGAACCAACAGCUGCGGCCUGUGCAAGAAGCACCACGGCAACAUGUUCAUGGUGGGCUGCGGUCGCUGUGACGACUGGUUCCACGGCGACUGCGUGGGCCUGGACCUGGCCAAGGUGCAGGAGAUGGAGGACGAGGACCAGAUGUACGUGUGCCUCAAGUGCUGCGCCGACGAGAGCGUGAAGGCCGAGCCCGACGUCCAGAGCACCGCCAAACGCCCGCCGCCGCCCGAGGUAGAGUCCGCGCCCGUGCCCGAGGCCGUGGGCCACACCCCGGCCGCCAAGCCCAGGCAAGGCCCAGGCCCGGCGCAGGCCCUGGCGUCCGGCGGCCUCCGACCCAUGAAGAAGGAGUCUGAUCGAAAACCGUCCACAGAGGUAAAAGAGUCUACCCACAAAACGGGUCAUCCAAAACACAAGGGUUCCUCCUCGGCUCCGAAGAAACCCGCUUCUGUCGAAGAAAUCCGAAGAAGUGUGCGAGACUCUCUGAAGGAAAUCCUCUUGCAACGACUCAAGGAGUCAGACUUGAAGAUGGCGGUGGAGCGGGCCUCUGAGGUGGCCCGGAAGACAGAGAGGGAGCUCUUUCAUUUGUACAAAGACACCGACAGCAAGUACAAGAGCAAGUACCGGAGCCUGAUGUUCAACCUCCGGGACACCAAGAACAACGUGCUGUUUCGGCGGGUUUUGAAAGGGGACAUCUCUCCCGCUAAUCUGAGUCGCAUGAGUCCUGAAGAGCUGGCCUCUAAAGAGCUGGCCGCUUGGCGGCAGCGAGAGAACCGCCACGCCAUCGAGAUGAUUGAGAAGGAUCAGCGCGAGGCAGAGAGGCGGCCAAUCACCAAGAUCACCCACAAGGGAGAGAUCGAGAUCGAGAGCGAGGAGCCGGCGAAGACAGUCGAGGUGCCUGAGAGUCCCUCCCCCACCAAGCUGCUGGAUCUGGCGGUCGACCUCCUCCCCCUGGAGCUGAAGGCGGAGAGCAGCGCCAAUGUGGAUAAAGACACCACUGGGCAGCACAAGUCUCACCUGUUCGACCUCCACUGCAAGAUCUGCACAGGUCGCAUGGCUCCGCCCGUGGAAGAGGCCCCCACCAAGGUGGUGAAGGUGUCCACGAGGGUGGCCCGCAGGCCGUCCUCCGCCGUGGAGGGGGCCGCCAAGGGCGUCGCCACGACGACCACGACGACCACGACGACGGCGGCAAAGGAGGAGGACCUGGAGGCGAGCCUCCGCAACACGGUGUCCAGCGGCCACGAAGCACGGUCAAACUACAGCUACGCGUCGGCUAAAGACGAGGGCGUUUCCUUCCUGUCCACGCUGCAGUGCAUGUGGAGGGGCUUCGUGAACAUGGCCGCCGUGGCCAAGCUGGUCACCAGAGCCUUCCCGGUGUCCGGCGUCCUCGACCACCUGACCGAGGAUCUGCCAGACAACGUUCAGGUGGGCGGCAGGAUAAACCCUCAGCUGGUGUGGGACUACUUUGACAAGAUCCGAGCGACUGGGACCAAAGAGGUGUGCCUCAUCCGCUUCUGCCCGGAGACUGAGGAGGACGAGAUCUCCUACACUCUCCUCUUUGCUUACUUCAGCAGCCGCAAGCGCUUUGGCGUGGUCUCCAACAACCUCAAGCAGGUCAGGGACAUGUACAUCAUCCCCCUGGGGGCCACCGAGAAGGUCCCGCACCAGCUCGUGCCCUUCGACGGUCCAGGCCUGGAGAACAACCGGCCCAACCUGCUCCUGGGGCUGAUCAUCCGCCAGCGCGCCCGGCGCGACUUCCUCCCCGUGGACGCUAACGAGGCGGCCGCCAUCAUCCCCGAGACUCCGCCCCCGCCGGCGCCCGCCGCGAGCAUCCGGCUCCCGGCGGCGGCGGCGGCGGCGGAGGAAGAGGAGGAGGAGGAGGCGGCCGCCAAGAAGUACCUCUCCUCCCUCAUCCCCACCAAGAAGCCCCGAGAGGCGGAGAAGCCGGCCGGCGCUCCCAAGGCGGCGGAGGAGAAGGCGGAGGAGCCGGAGGCGGAGCCUGUGGGGGACGAGGCGUCGCUGGACGAGGAGGGCGAGCCCGGGUCGGACUCCUACAAGCCGCUGCGCUUCCUGCCCGGCGUGCUGCUGGGCUGGGGCGGGGAGCUGCCGCCCCUGCCGGACUUCAGCGCCAAGCCCCCCCCCGCCGCGUUGGAGGACCCCGGGGCCGCCAAGCCGGUCGUCAAGAGCCCCACCACCCGCUUCGUCAUCAGGAAGAGGGAGGCCAAGCCGGCGGCGGCGGCGACGCCCGGCGCGGCCGACACGAACAACCGACCGGUGGCGGCGGCGGCGGCGGCGCCUCAGCGCGUUCUGCAUGGGACGGGCGUCGCCGCGUGGCCCGGGGCCGGGGUCUCGCUCCGGGAGAAGCCCCCCGGGGUCUCCACCGAGGCCUACCUCGCCAGUCUGUCCUCGCCGCCCCCCGCCUGGAAGGACGUCCCCGCCGCCGCCGCCGCCGACCCCAGGAGGGAAAGCGCCGAAGGAACUUUAUCGCCGCCGGCCAAACCCACGACGGAGAGCCCAAAGGCGCCCCUGAGCGGCAUCCUGAAGAAGUCCUCCGUGUACACGACAGGGGGGGAGGAUAACGGGCUGCAGCCGACGCCCGCCACCCCGACCCCGACGCUCGCCGCCACCCCGACCCCGACGCUCGCCGCCACCCCGACGUCGCUGCCCGCUCCCACGCUGAGCAGCGGUCUGAACCAGGCCGGCGGCGGUCUGAACCAGGCCAGCAGUCUGAACCAGGCCGGCGGCGGCGGUCUGAACCAGGCCGGCGGCGGCGGUCUGAACCAGGCCGGCGGCGGCAGUCUGAACCAGGCCAGCAGUCUGAACCAGGCCGGCGGCGGUCAGAACCAGGCCGGCGGCGGUCUGAACCAGGCCGGCGGCGGUCUGAACCAGGCCGGCGGUCUGAACCAGGCCGGCAGCAGUCUGAACCAGGCCGGCAGCAGUCUGAACCAGGCCGGCAGCAGUCUGAACCAGGCCGGCAGCAGUCUGAACCAGGCCGGCAGCAGUCUGAACCAGGCCGGCAGCAGUCUAAACCAGGCCGCCGGCAGCAGUCUGAACCAGGCCGGCAGUCUGAACCAGGCCGCCGGCGGUAGUCAGAACCAGGCAGGCGGCGGUAGUCAGAACCAGGCAGGCGGCGGUCUGAACCAGGCCGGUGGUCAGAACCAGGCCAGCGCAGGCUCCCAGCCCGCGGUCUCUCCCCUCCCCCAGGCGGGGGUCCCGUCCUGGGUGGCGGUGGGGGGCUUAUGCGGCAGCAGCUCUCCCAGCGAGCAGACGAAGGAUCCCCGCGUGCCUCAGGCCGCCCCCACGGCGCCCGCUGGGCCGCAGGGGGCGGGCCCCGAGCUGCCGAGGGACCCGCCCCACGGCGUCCCAGAGGCCCCCGCCUCCAACAGCGGCCCCGACCGUGACGUCGCCCCCGGCGCUCCUCCUCAGGGGCCCGACGACCACGGCGACGGGUCCCGUCUGAAACCCGAGGAGGACCCGCCCCGCCUCAGCCCCCCCGCCUCCCUCGCCCCCCCCUCUCUGCUGCAGGAAGCCCCCGCCCAGCCGCCCUCCACCACCACCGGCAUCAAGGACUACAAGCGGCCAGAGGACCGCUACAGCGACCCCUGGGAGAGGCCCCGGCACGCCGAGGACCGCGACCGGGACCACCGCGACCACCGGGACCGCGACCGCCACCACCGGGGUCACAGCGGCGACAAGAAGGGCCGGCACCAGGACCGGCACCGCGAGCGCAGCCGGCACCGCGGCCACUCGGAGGAGCGGCGGAAAGAGCGUCACCGUGGCGACGAGCACGGGGGGCGCCACAAGGAGCGCCACAGACACAGGCGGGACUCGGACCACGACAACGGCCGUCGUAGCUCUCGGGACAGCCACUCAUGAGUUUGGGGCUUUUAGUUCCGUUCAUUUUUUUAAUAUACACACUAGUGUGCAGCUGUUCCCGUGCCAUUGUGUCCCGUUUUGUUUUAUUUGUUUUAUGAUAAACAUUCCCUGUUUUAACCGUUCUUUCCGGUACAACGACAAGAUAGACCGACCGAGAGUCCGUGGAUUCUCCCGACGCGUUUGAAGUGCGUGAAGUACGUUUCUCUACACAUUCAUAUUUUUUAAAAAAAGUACCUUUCUUUUAAAAUGUGUUUUGUCUGUCGGCUGUUGACGUCUACACUAACCACACAGACGCCAAAUGGUUUUUCUUUCCCAGACCCUUUUUUUAUUCAUGUGUUCAAAGGAGUAUAAACCAACAGCACAAUUGCAGAAUAUGAAUUGAUAGCUCGUUUUUCAGCAGACGCUUACAAAUAUUUGGCAUGAAUGUAACAACUAAAAAAAGGGCGGAAAAAUGUAAACCGCAGUUGUAUUUUUUUUUUUUUUUCAAUUUUAAAAAGUUGCUUAAAUAUUUUAUAAACGUUUCUAAGGAGAAAGUUGUACAUUUUGGCUUGUCGUGUACAUUACAAAUGCAGUGUGCUUUUGCACCGUUUAUGUACAGUUCAUAAUAAAGCUAAUCUUUCUUUUUGUAUGAUCAUAUUUACCUUUUGUUUUUAUUGAUAACACAACAAUGACAUAUAAAGGCUAUUUAAAUGUAAUAAAUAAACCCUACGUACUAGCAUGUAAAGUGGUACACGUCCUCAGAUGAUGGUGUGUUCCAGAUGCCUCGGACACCAGCCUCCCGAGUUGCAAGUGGGAUAAUCUCCCAGCUUUCUUGCAGCAUUUCACGGAGGCACCUCCCCCUUUUGGUCGGGCCCCCUCGGAAUUCUGAGAGAGUAGACCGAGUUCAGUGAUGACGCUCUCAACAAAAAU